CCUUUAAGGGGGGGGAUGCUCUGUGCCCGGGAGGAUAGUGCACUUCAGCUGGCAAGGGGGGGGGUGAUUAGUUAGUUCUCCAGGUGGGUUUUUGCAGGGCGAAAUCCCGGGUGCUUCUCUCCGAAAGGAUUGGGGAGAGAAGGGGGGGAAAGGCGGAGAAGCAGCUGAGAACGACUCCAGGCUGGAUGAGCGUCUGACUGGCCGGGGAAGGAGUGCCAUGAAGUGAACAGAAGGACUCGCGGGGGGAAGGAGGCUCGUCUCUGCUCUGCUUGUGAGGUGCUGGCGAGGGUUCGGACAGUUCGGAGAGGAUGCAGAGAGGCUUGUCUCUGGCAGGGACGUGGCUCAUGUUCCUGGCUGCGGCUGGUGCCCCCAGUCAACAUGAGAAGCCUGCCUUUGCCCCCAUCUUCACCCGCAAGCCUUUCAUUGUUGCCUGGCAUGUGCCCACGCAGGAAUGCGCGCCUCGCUACAAGAUCCAGCUAGACUUCAGUAUCUUUGAUGCGGACGCUUCGCCCAACCAGGGGUUUGUGAACCAGAGCUUGAACAUCUUCUACAAGGAGCGCCUGGGCCUCUACCCUUACUACGACGCGCAGAAGGUGGCCGUGAAUGGGGGUGUCCCACAGAACAGCAGUUUGCAGCAGCACCUGGACCGGUUACCGGACAACAUCUUGAAGUACAUCCCCUCUGACACCAAGGAGGGUCUGGCUGUCAUUGACUGGGAAGAGUGGAGGCCCAUCUGGAUCCGGAACUGGCAGACGAAGGACAUCUACCGCAAUGCCUCCCGACAGCUUGUGCUGGCCCGGCGGCCCGACUUGCCAGAAGAUCAGGUGAAGAAGGAGGCUCAGUACGAAUUUGAGUCAUCGGCACGCUCCUUUAUGAAGGAGACUCUGCGACGUGCCAAGAAUUUCCGCCCCCGGCAGCUGUGGGGCUACUACCUCUUCCCGGACUGCUAUAACCAUGACUACUGCAAGAACCAGGAGAGCUAUACUGGCCACUGCCCUGAUGUGGAGAAGACCCGCAAUGACCACCUGGCCUGGCUUUGGAAGGAGAGCACAGCCCUCUACCCAUCUAUCUAUCUGGAGCAGGUGCUGGCCAACACGAGCAACGGGCGCAAGUUUGUGAGGUCUCGGGUUCAAGAGGCCCUUCGUAUCUCCCAGGAACAUCACGAUGACUACAGCCUACCAGUCUUUGUCUACACGAGGCCCACCUACACUCGCAAGCAGGAGCUUUUUUACUUAAGCGAGAUGGACUUGAUUUCCACCAUUGGAGAGAGUGCUGCCUUGGGGGCAGCUGGAGCUAUUCUCUGGGGAGACGCCGAAGACACUAAAGGCCGGGAAACCUGCCAAGUGAUUAAAAACUACAUUGAGGAGGACCUUGGGCAUUACGUUGUCAAUGUGACGACAGCCGCCAACCUCUGCAGCCAGACUCUGUGCCGUAGCCACGGCCGCUGCCGGCGCCAAGAGAGCAAUGCCAAUGUCUUCCUGCAUCUCAACCCAGCCAACUUCCAGAUCCUUCCCAACGAUUCUGGGCAGCGAAAGCCACUGCUUAUACCCAGAGGCGAGAUGUCACAGGCGGACAUUGCCUUCCUCCGGACCAACUUCCGAUGCCACUGCUACCAGGGAUGGCAGGGGAAAGGAUGCGAGGAACAGUUGAACCCGCCGGGUGGUGGCUCCUCCCUUUCCUGGAACCUGGGACUCCAGUUCCUAGUGACUUUCUCUCUUCUGGCCUGUUGGCACUAGGCCACCCCUUCACUGGAAUCUGUGUGGUUGCCAGGAAGGUCCAGCGGCCUUGGAUGGGGCAGAGGGAAGAGGUGCAGUAGGCAGCAAGGUAGCCAGAAAGGGAGGAAUAGGAGCCACCGGCCCCUUGGUUUUUAUAUCUUUAUAUAGCAGUGAUGUAGCAGACCUACUCUUGAACAGACUGUCCGACCUCUCCCAUCUGUGCCGCCAGGCUGUCAAGAGGGGAAAGGACCCUCCUCCUGUUCAUGGACUGAUGGACUAUCGUAAUAGAAAGUAAUUUAGGGGACUGGCAGACGCUGGGGGGGGAGGGCUGCUGUGAGGCACAGCUAGUCCAUCUCCCACCACCACCACCCCCCCGUUGACUGUGGUUGUGAGCUGUCCAGAGGUACCUCCAAGACAGAAGCUGACCUGGUGCAAUGGGGAUCUGCUGCCCAAAGGGGAGCAGGAUGUGUGGGGUUAGGGAGGUGAGCCAAGUGACGCAAAGGUAGUGGGGCAAGGUCUGAAGGUCUGCAUUUGUUUUCAUGUGCCCGGGACCCUUUGCCACUAGAAUUGAGGGGAGGGAGUGUUGGCUCUUCUGUUAUAGGGUGAGGUGGGGGCACGAUGAUAAAACUGGAACCCAAGUUUAUAGAGGGGUGUGUGUUUGGUUUAAUGGAACUGCUGUGGUGAGGAGAGAUAGCUGCUGUUGCAUGUCUCUUUCCGGCAGUGAUUGCCAGACUGGAUGCUGCCAAACCCAGGCGGGGUGCUCUGGAAUCCUCUCGUCUAGAGACGGGCAUUUAGCACAGGUCAGCAGUUUGGCACGGUUCAUUGGAUUGAGCCAACCAGUGUCGUGUGGGUGCUCUGGAUUCUGCACGAUGCCUCCUCCACAGGCUUCUUGUCAGAGGCAGCGCCAUGGGCUGCCCUCCCCUCCCCUGCUUUCUCCUCCUCCUCCUCUGAGUGGGUGCCUGCAGGAAGUGGCAGGCCGGAUUCUGUGGCACCUGAGCAACACCUUUGGGCCUGAUUUGAUGAACCGCACCAAACUGCAGGACCUGCCCAUCUCUACCACAAAUACAAAAAAGAAACCAAUGGCUUCCCACAUUACUUCUGGUGGUGGGAAGAGAUAAAGGAAGAGAGGCUGCAGAGAAGGUGCACAGAGAAGGUGGCCUAGUUCUGGGCUAGGCCAGGAGGAGCUCAUAAAGAGGGGGGGGGGAGAGACUCAAUCUGCGCGUUCACCAAGUGGAUCAGUCUCAACACACCAUGAAAACUUUGAUUACCACUUUGGCUUCCUCUAUGAACACACACAGAUUUUGUUGGGCUGCGCCAGCUGCUGCUACUGCUGCUGAUUCUAGGGCAGACCAGGCAGAAAGCUGAUUCUUCAGUACAUCUGAUCCUUUGUUCACAAAGCCCUGGAGGCUCUGUGAAGGGAAGGGUGCUCUCCUAGGCUGAAUGUUUGCAAAGUCCUGGAGGCAGCAGAUGCCAUCUUCGAGGAUGGAAAAGCUUUUUUGCAGCUGCUCUGUAUUUAGUCUUUUCUUUUUUUAAAAGAGAUUUUAUUUUCUCUCUCUUUCUCUGCAUCAUGAUGUCCCAACCCAAACAAAAAAGAAAAGAAAAAAAGGAUGGGAAAACUGACAGAGAAAACUCUGAAGCUUCACCUUCAAAGAUCUGCUGGGCGGAGUGGCAGGGCCAGGCAGUUGGCAGCCUCAGACACAUCGCUUGAAGUUGGGGGUGGGUGGGAAUGAGGCCGCUGUGAGUGGCGCUGCCUCCCCUACUCCUGCCUCCCCACUGCUAUUCCCGCCCGAGCUCCCAGUGCUGCCUGAGCCACCUCUGCGUCUGCUGCUCUAAUGCACUGCGGACGUGGCUGCUCUGCCACCACCAGCACCGCCACUGGUGACAAGUUGGUGGCGGCUGUGCUUUGGGUCUCCGUCACAAGCCUGGCAGGGCGGAAGCCUUGUAGCUGGAACUAGCUGCGGGUGAGGACUCUGGGCCUUGUGGAGAAGACGGGUGAACUUGCCAGCCCGGAAGAAGGAACAAAAGUAACCUAAAUGAUUGCAUAAAACGAAAAGAGAGAUAACAAACACCAAACAAACCACAGAGCGGGCACCUCAACCUCAUUCCCUGAUUCCCUUCCCUCCUCCUUUUUCUUAGGGAUCAUAGCUUCAGCUCCACUGCCAUGAAAGGGGGAAGGGGACAGAUAUUUUCCCUUCUCCGUUAUGAAAAUAUGGCAGUAAUUCCCAAACUUUUUCAACUUGCAGCUCCUUUGACUACUGGCCACUGGCUGCGGCUCCCUCAGUACAAUAUUUUGCAUGGGGUGGGGAAAUGGAAGGAGGAAGCCUGGCCUGAGUAGCAUUUCCUACAAAGGAUGAGUAGGAAGUGCUACUCAGGUGGCGCUUCCCUCAACCCUAUUGUAUUGGGAAGCCUUGACCAGCAGCCAGUAAGCUAAGAGAACUGCAAGUCAAAAAAGGUUGGGAACCGCUGCUUUAGGGUGGUAGAAAAUGGCCAGUGGGGAUUGUUCUGAAGAGUAGCAAGUUCUAUUGGGGGGGGGGGAAUACUGUUAUUUACCAGUGGGAUGGAAUAGGGUGGGCACUGCUUUUUCUAGAACAUACUGUCUGGAUAAGGGCAGUCUAAAGGGGAAUAGGAAUGCCAUGCCGUGUCCCCUGUUUGGUUGACACUGAGUUGGAUCCCUCCAUCUGUUACAGGAGAACCAAAAAGCUUUACCUCAAAAUAAAACAAACAGAAUUAAAGACACUGAGAAAGUAAA